GCCACCCCCUUUUGUGUGCUUAUAAAGGGAAAAAAGUCAAUCUUGAGAGUUGAAAACUAGAAGGACAGAAUGGAUGAACCUGACCUGGACAUCGCCGUCAUCGGAAUUGGAUGCAACUUUCCUGGAGGUGAAGGCUUGGAAAAUUUCUGGAGGGUUCUACUUGAAGGGCAAAACUGUGUUGUGGAUAUUCCAAUCGAGAGGUUUGACGUGGACUCCUGGUACGAUCCCGAUGGGAGUAAACCCGGAAAGACGCAAACUGCAAAAGCUGCUCUUAUAGACGGGUUGAACGAGUUCGACCACAAUUUUUUUGGCAUGCUGGAGGCAGAGGCAGACGUCAUGGACCCUCAGCACAAACUGCUCCUUCAGUGCACCUUAAGGGCCUUGGAGGAUGCCUCCAUCCCCAUGGAGCGCAUCAGCGGAAGCAGAACCGGAGUUUAUAUUGGUCUAAUGAACAGAGACUACGAGAUACUGCGAAGUAACAGUCCUGCCUCUAUCAAUCACUACAACGCCACGGGAACGGCCAUGAGCAUGGCAGCUAACAGGAUCUCCUACACCUUCAAUCUCACUGGUCCGUCAUUUGCUGUGGACAGUGCCUGUUCUUCUUCCUUGGUGGCUCUGCACCUAGCCUGUCAGGCCAUAAGACAGGGGGACUGUGAGAUGGCACUGUGCGGAGGCGUCAACUGCAUCUUGGAGCCUCAAGUGUUUGUGGCCCUGAGUAAGGCCAGGAUGAUCUCGCCCCAAGGCACUAGCAAGCCUUUCUCCAGUCAGGCGGAUGGCUACGGAAGAGGAGAGGGAUGUGGCGUCGUUCUUCUGAAACCGCUCAGAAAUGCAUUGCGAGACUGCAACAAAAUCUGGGGUAUUGUCGCUAAAACGUCCAUCAACCAAGACGGACGCUCUGUUUCGCCCAUCACCAAGCCGUCCUCGCGUCAACAAGAGGAGCUGCUGAGACAAAUAUACUUGGAGCGGGACCUGGCCGACGUCCAGUACAUCGAGGCUCACGGAACCGGAACCCCCGUCGGAGAUCCGACAGAAGCAACAAGCAUCUCGAAUGCGGUUGCUAAAGCCAGAAGCGGCCGUAAAGGCGCGCUUUGGAUUGGUUCCGUGAAGGGAAACAUCGGACACACGGAAUCUGCGGCCGGGGUUGCCGGACUCAUCAAAGUGCUGCUCAUGAUGAAGCACCAGACCAUUGUUCCAUCUGUUUUCUACUCCCGAGACUGUGCUAACAUAGACCCUAAAGUCAUGGGGAUUAGUAUUCCAACAGAAGCGGAGAAGUGGACAACAAACGGAUCGUGGGACCGGGUAGCUGGGAUUAACAGUUUUGGAUUUGGAGGCACAAAUUCGCAUGUCAUUGUAAGAGAAUAUAACCAGACCACAAACCUAGUGCAGAUCCCAAAAGAUGGUCCCAAAGUUUUUGUAGCUUCUGCAGCCUCUGAGAAAUCUUUAAUCCGAUGCCUCAGUGACACCCACAGAAGGCUUCUCGACAGUGAAGCGGCCGACGUACAUUCGUUAGCCUACACCUCAGCUUGUGGGCGCAGUCACUCAAAGCACAAAUACCGCAAGGUUGUCAUUACAUCAACCCUCCCGAAUUUACAGCAGCAGCUAGCGUCUUUGCCAGAAGCUAAAGUGAUUUCCGCAAAGCCUGAGGUGGUCUUUGUUUUUAGUGGAAACGGUGUUGCCUUCAGAGGCAUGUGCAAUGAGCUCUUUAGCACCAUUCCUAUUUUCAAAGACAAAGUGAUGGAGGCAGAGGUCCUCUUUCAGAAGAAAAACCGACACAUCGGAAUCAGUCAGUACCUAUCCGGAGAGCUGGAAGCUGACCUGAGCCGGCCAGAUGUGGUCCAGCCACUGCUUUUUGCGAUUCAGGUUGCUUUAGCGGCCCUCCUGAAGCACUGGGGCGUCAAACCGAACGCGGCGCUUGGGCACUCCUUAGGUGAGGUCUCUGCCGCUCACUGCUCAGGCCUCUUGUCUCUUGAGGAUGCUGUUAACGUGGUGUAUCACCGCAGCGUGCUUCAAAGCAGUGUCACUGUAGGGAAGAUGCUUGUAGUAAGCAACAUACUCCUAGAAAAUGUGCUGAAAAUCCUUCAGGACUUCUCAAAGAAUGUUAGCGUGGCCGCCUUUAACAGCCCACGCUCUUUUACUUUGUCAGGAGAUGAGGACGCUGUAGAUCUCCUCCGCGACAAACUGCAGAGCAUGUACGCUGACGAAAUCUUUCUCCAUACCUUAGAUGUUACGGCAGCUUACCACAGUCAUCUAAUGGAUCCUAUUCUUGAAGACAUUGAGAGUAUUUUAGGUGAUUUAGCUGUAAGCGAGAUGGAAUGCGAUCUUUUUUCCACUGUGACGGGAGAUAAGUACGCAGGUGGUGACUUUGGAAGUGGCAGCUAUUGGGCAAAGAACAUCAGAGAACCCGUUUUGUUUGAGCAAACGCUGCGUGCCGUCACCAAGGAUAACCAGUCUAGAAGAAAAAUGGUCCUUUUGGAGAUUGGACCCCGCAGGGCUCUUCAAAAAUACAUCCACGAGACGCUAGGAAAUGAGUUUAUUGUUCUGUCCUCUGUUCAACCACAUGAAGAAUAUGAAAGUAUUUUAUCCACAGUGGGGAAACUAUUCGAACUGGGGGUCGACGUGAGCUGGGAAACGCUCUACCGAGGUUACGAAACUCCACCCACGGCGUUCCCGCGCUAUCAUUUUGACCACACAAAGAAAGAGAUGUACUUUGAUGAUGUCAGAAAAGUACACGACUUGUCUUCUUCUCUAUCACAUCCACUUAUAUCUCCAAUAAGGGAGAACAACAAAGAGUAUGUGUGCAAUUUAACCGCGGCGUAUCUCGCUGAGCACAAACACAACGGCAUCCCUGUUGUCCCUGGUGCCUUCUACGUGGAGCUAGCGUUGGCUUCAGUGUUGGCCUAUAUGAACCUGAGGAGAUCCGUCUCCUGUGUCCAGCUCAGUGUGACAUUCCAUCAUCUGCUCAGCACUGAUGGUCGUGAAUUAAAAGUGAGGCUGGAAGAGACUAAAGGUCUCUUUACAAUGAGUUCCUCUGCCGCCACUCAUGCCUCUGGUACUUUCAGGUGCUCAGAUGGACCAGCUGUAGUUGAGGAACCAACUAUUUGUCCAGACGGAAUCUUGAAAAGGUGUACUUUCAUCGUAACAACCAAAGAAUUUUAUUCCAUUCUUGCUAGAGCUGGAUUUGAAUAUGGUUCAGUUUUCAAACAGCUUAACGAUGUGCAUUUUGGAGACGAAUUUCAAGAGGUGGCGACAACACUUCGUGUCCCAAAAGAACUCAUCAAGAAUCUUCAGGAUUAUGUCAUCCAUCCUGUGCUGUUGGACUAUUUCUUGCAAAUGACUGCUGCCGUAGCUUCGAGGGAUCUCCCGGAGAAGCGGGGCUUCCCAACAGCGAUCGGCAGUGUUGUCGUUUCAGGACCACUGCCAGAAGAGAUGUUUAUCUACAUGCGUGCAACCGAAAAGACACCAAACCUCCUGAAAGUGUGUGGUUGCCUUGCAACCAAGGAUGGGAAAGUACUAGUGGAACUUCAAGACGUGCAAAUUAAGUUCCUGGGAGGUUCCUCGCAUGUUCCUCCAUCAGUGUUUUUCCACAAUGAAACAAUUCCUAUUCCAAGCAAGUCAAAUUGUGGCAUGAAGAUAAGAGCGUUAAUUUUUGCUGACAAGCUAGGCAUCGCAGAAGCACUUGGGCCAUAUUUGCAUCCAGAGUCGCACUCCGUGGAGGACAAAGAGAACUGGACAACGGGCCAACUCCGAGACGUUGUUCUUGGCAACGACUCCAUGAGAGACGUUCUCUUCAUUUGGCCUGCUGAGGAUCUCAGCUAUUUAUCAGCUCCUAGCGUACUAGACCGUUUGGUAGCCUGCUGCGAGUCAUUCCGACAGAUUGUUUUAGCCUUGAAAGAGCGUAAGCAGUCUUGUACUGUGCGCGUUAUCACCUACAGAUCCACAGAGAAUAUGGUGGAUUGUGUGAGUUCUGGUUUUGCACUGUCUGGUAUGAUUAAGGCUUGUGCGGCAGAAGUACCGGGUAUCUCUUUUCAGCUCAUUGACCUAAAGUCUCUAACCGCAACAGACAUCCAAUCUCUAGUCGGAGUCAUUACCUCUUGCAAACAGGCAGAAGUCAUCGUUGGUCAAGGACAGAUGUCAACAACAAAAAUUACACGUACGCAAAUUUUGGAUAAAGUUUCAUUGAAUGGUGACUUAAAAUCAGUGAGAGAUUUUGUCCUACAGACCAGUCAUCCUUACAGAGUUGAAGGUUUGACCGCUACUAGCAUUGGCACGGAUGAAGAGACGAUUUCAGAUAAAUCGGUUGAGGUUCAGCUAACGAACGUGUGUGUCCACUCAUCUGAUUAUUUCCCCGUGACCCUUUCACACCUCCGUUUUGGGAACACCUUGUAUUGGAACACCCACACGGCGCACCAUCACACUCUCCUGGCGCUCGAUUUUAGCGGCAUUGUAACGGCUGUCGGGAAAGACGUUCGUCAUCUAAGAGCCGGCGACCGCAUCGCGGCAAGUUACCCGACCGCUACGGCGACGAGGGUCGUCGUUCCGGAUUCCGUGUGUUACGACGUCGAGAAACUUCCAUUCUUGAAAGAAUGUCCAAGCGUGUCCUUCUUCAUUUUGGCGUGGGAGAUUCUUCAGCGUACUCUUCCCGCUGUGAAACCGAGACAGAAAAAAAUGAGCAUUGUCACUCCAGAUUUAGCUUCUGUGUUUACGAAAGUGUUAGCGUUGACGGCAAACAGAUCGGGCUGGAAUGUGUCCUGUGUGGCCCAUUUGUCGACAGGAGAGCAGAGUCCUGAUCCAUGUCACGCUCUUGUCUUUUUGCCACCGUUUGACGAAUCUUGGCAGGAUUUGAGUAACUACGACCUCUAUGAGCGUCAUUUAGUUUACGUGUGCGGAACUGGCCAAUCGUUCCCACGCUGGCCGUUGAAGAGCAGCUUCCUCCAGGUGUACGUGAUCAACGUGACUCAUGUUCUUCAAAGAAUUUACCUCAAAUCGCAAGGCACAACCAUCUUUAAGUGGCUCUCAUCACUUGGCUUUGAUCGUGCGUCUCUACCUAUUAAAAUAGAAGCGUUUCCAAUCUCAAACCGGGCAAAAGACCAAAUUCACGAGUCUUACUUUUCCACCAAAACAGUGCGCCAAGUGGUUUUGGAAACCAGCGUACCCAAUUGCCAGUUGUCAGAUAUUGUCCUGCUAAGCAAGCCAAGGCGACUCUUCAACAAAUGCUGUACUUACAUUGUUUCUGGAGGUCUCACCGGGUUGGGUUUUGAAACGGUUAAGUUCAUCGCCCGUAACGGCGGCGGUUGCAUUGUGACGUUGUCCAGGCGCAUGCCGACGUCUGAAAUGCAAUCUGAACUGGAUGUCAUUCAGAAAAGAUACAACAUCACCAUCGUGAACAUUCAGUGUGACGUUUCAGUGUCGCAGCAAGUGGAGGAAGCCGUCACAAAAACCGAAGAGAGUUUGCGUCGUGCCAUCAAAGGGGUGUUUCACAGCGCAGCUGUGCUCCACGAUGCGCCCAUUGAAACCCUCAACAGGUCUCUUUUGCUGAAGGUCCUGCAACCUAAAGUGAGCGGCGCCCUAAAUCUCCACCACGCCACGCUCGAUAAGAAGCUCGACUUCUUCGUGUGCUACUCCUCCAUCUCCUCCCUCGUCGGGAAUGAGUCACAGUCCAACUACGCGGCGGCCAAUUCUUUCCUGGACAAGUUUUGCCUUUACCGGAGGAACCUCGGCCUGGCCGGGCAGUCCGUUAAUUGGGGUCCUCUGAAUCUUGGCCUCCUGCUCAACAAAAAACACAUCCAACGGCACCUUGAGGCGAAAGGGAUGACCGUCAUGGAGGUGGGUGAGAUUCACGAAGCUCUCGCCCAGGUCCUUCUCACCAACAGACCUCAGCAGCUCGUGUGCAAGUUUAAUUUUCGAAAACCGUUCCUCAGAGAACGACUGCCGGGCUUGGUGGAGGCAGAGCUAAAAGACCAGGGGAGCGAUGAUCCACCACUUCCACAAUUAUCUCCCCCACUUGAAUGCGUAAGAAGAAUCAUUUGUGAAGUUCUCAACUUUAGCGAGGGCGAGCUGGAUCUUAACGCCGCUCUUGGCGCACUCGGUGUUGACUCCAUGUCAGCCGUGACCCUUCAGAGUAAGAUUACGCAAGCAACAGGAGUUAACGUACCACUGGUCAUGUUACUUGACCUAAACACGACGGUGGCAACUUUGGAAAGCUUUGUGGUGAAUAAUAAUGUUAUGUGAGGCAUGAGGAAGAUGGAAAAUGUCCACUUCCAGACAAAAGUAAAGAGUGCUACAAAAGAGGGUUAGCAAUUCUGAGAUUAAAGUCAGAAUUCUGACCAGCCUUUCUUUAAUUCUUGACUGCAUAAUUUUGUCCCCAUACAAUCUUGACCAGAACGGUCAAGAAAUGU